UUCCGCAUUUUUACAUGAAAACUGUCCAUAAAAUAAAGCAGAUGUCAUGCAAGAAGAAUUACACUGAAUGAGAAGUGGGAAUUUAAUCACCUUUCCGACCCAGUAACAAUUAGGUAUUUAAAAAUCGAGAAGUUUGAUAAAAUUAAUAUACCAUAUCCACCAACAUGAAAAUUGUGGUAUGCAGUUUACUUGUGCUGAGUGUUAUUUCGUGUAUACAAGCAGUCAGUGUUUCACAGUGUCAUGACGAUGAAACACCUCUCGAUGAUUUAUCAGAUCGGAUUAAGAUAGGAAAUUGCCGGAAACCCCCUUGUAGACUACGAAAGAAUGCAAAAAUAGCUUUUGAGAUGAAACUCUCACCGGACAGAGAUAUUACAAAGCUGACAAACUCAAUAUCAGCUUUUGUUAGUGGAUUACCUUUACCUUUUCCUGGAUACGAUCAAACAGACGCCUGCAAAGGCAUUUACAGCAGCGACGGCAAAACUCAAGUUGGAUGUCCGCUAAACAAAGGAGAAGAUUAUCUCUACCGAAAUGAGAUAGAAGUCCUCCAAGUUUAUCCUAGGCUGAAGCUCGUGGUUCAUUGGGGACUAGUGGAUCAAGAUGGAAAAUAUCUCAUAUGUUUGGAAGUUCCCGCUAGAAUUACUAAUUAACUGUGAUCGUUUUAGUGUAAUGAAUAAUACAUAACUAUGUUGAAUUAUCAAAAAGUUAAUAAAUUAUUAUUAAGGAAA